CGACGGAGAUGCCUCGCUCUAUCUCGCUUUCUGCCGAAGGAUCUCUGGGUGUAACUCGGACACGCCCGACCCGUGGUGGGCGUAGUCAAACCAGCUGCAGCGAUUCUGUCUAGUGGGGGAAGCUUUUUCGGUGGACACGCGGUCACUCGCGAUGUCACUUUGCGACGCGACGCUGAGCCGCCCGCUCGUGUCGUCGGCUUCGUGUAAAGAUCGUGAUAUUCGUAUAAUCGCGCGAUUGAUUGGUUGCGAGGGCGGUUAUUGAUCGCCGAGUGCGGAUGGCUGAUUCAUGAAUCGGUUACCGAUCGCUUGAAUGAUUUCCGCGUGACACUUGAUGGCUUUUGAAACUGUGCAAAACAUCGCUGAGACUUAUGCAAGUACACCACCAACGACAGAUCAUUUUUAAUCGAUUGAAAAAAAUCAUAAUCACCGCGUUAGAUGAAGACUUUGUUUUAGAUUAAUUUGCAUCAAUGUUGAUUUUGAGAAUUAUCCUGAUGCACUUUUGAAGAUCAAUCGCCAUUGAUCUUUCAGACAUUUCGAUCUACAAUUCAUUUAAAUUAGUGCCGAUAGCAAGAAGCAUUAUAUCGAAUAAAUCAAGUGGACAUCAAAACGCUUAAAUUCGAUUAAAUUUCAAGAAGUGUCGACAUUGCAAAGACAUAAUCGUAUCAGGAAGUAUGUGUUAGAGAUUUAUAGUGGCCGCAUGACAUGGCAGCUAUGCAUUACAACGCGCAGAUGGUCUCAGAGGAUUUGCAUCAGCAUCCGCGACACCUUUACAAUCUUCAACAAAGACUUCAAGAUUCUGGAUCGUCGCCCAGAUCGGAGGACGCCAGAUCUCCGCUGGACAGCCGAGUGAGAUCACUCGAGGAAGUGCGUUUCGUGGGUGCUAGAUCGCCUGACGUGGAAGAUAGAGUAAUCAGAUAUCACGAAGACGCUGGUAGCAAACGUUUUACGAAAGAUCACGCGGGUCCCGGUUUCUUUCAAGACUCGGAAAACUCCACCAGGAAAUGUUUCAGUGAUGAAUUACCGACAACUCGUUGUCGCGAACCGGAAACCUCACCCGGAAGAACGUCCUCGCCGCAAAACUACAUCCUCAGCUCGUCCAAUCAGCACAACAAUUCCAUCGGCAAGACGUCUUUCUGCAUCGACGCUCUUCUGGGUCGCGCCACAAAGCAGACCGAAAUAGAUCAGUCGUCGGCUGAUCGACAGAAGUCGUUCUCCAGAAGUCACGGUAUUCAACCCGACGGUAUAAAUCUUAGCAAUAUUCAGGAGCGAGAAUCUCCCGGCGCUAUAAGAUGUCCUGGAGAUCAGAGAACCACCCUGGGAAAUCCUUUGAACCCUUUCAUUCAGCAUCAUGAAUCCGAUUCGCCCAGUCUGGAGGUCCGAGAGAGACACUCCUCCGCCAAUCGCGAGGCUGUUCUUGGCCUCCAUUCCAACGAAUCCGGCGUGUCCGUCCAAAGGAGUCAGUUCAGGCCCGAAACGGGGACCAGCGGUUACCGAAACGAUCGGCUGGAGAACGUAGAAGACGACACGUCCGUAGACGUUGACCCGACGCGAACCGGAAGCGCCAGUCCUGGGAGCAACGCGAGCCGCAGUCCCGCUUCCAGUCCCCCGAUAUCGCCGGGUUCCGAAGAUCCGUCCAGCAACGGUGUCCUGAGCCAUCAGAGUCUGGCAUCCGGGCCUUACGGCAUGGGCGCAGCGGUGGUCAGACAAAAUCAGAGUCUCCUACUUCAUCCCGCGGGAUCGCUCAUCCAUCCUGGAGGACUGUACUAUCAUCCAGCCGGCGGCAGCGCUUUCCACUCGAUACACAAGGAGGGUCAACCGGUUGGUCAUCCCCAAUCCGGAGGGCCUCAUCCUCAACAGCAUCAUAUCCAUCCACUCCAGCUCGAGUGGUUCGCCCGGACCGGCAUGUUGUAUCCCAGACUGCCCGCAGAUUUGGCCGGUUGCGCGGCACAACAUGCGUUGCUGGGUAAAACCAGGAGGCCAAGGACCGCCUUCACAUCGCAGCAACUUCUCGAAUUGGAGAAGCAAUUCCGACAAAAUAAGUAUCUCAGCAGACCGAAGAGGUUCGAAGUCGCGACGUCGCUGAUGCUCACAGAAACGCAGGUAAAGAUCUGGUUUCAAAAUCGACGAAUGAAAUGGAAGCGUAGCAAAAAGGCGCAGCAGGAAGCCCGUACGAGUGUAAAAGUUGAGGAAACCGGAAGCGCAAGAAGCGCUGAGAGGGACAACGGAAGCGACGUCAGCGUGAACGCACCUGAGACACCGGAGGAAGUACCGGAAGUACGCUCCAGAAGUACGCUCCAGGAAAGUCAGAGAUCCAGUACAGACCUUCAGGAACCUUUGUAUCGACCUUACGUGGUCUAAAAGAUUAACAAAGGCAUGUUUAAACCUUGGAGGACCAACAUUUUGCAAAGGAUUACAAGACUUCCCGCUACGCGUCUUGUUACGUAUAAUAAUUUCGUAAAACAGGUAGCUUAAAAUGCAGGUAGAUAGAAAUAUUUUUUGCUAAUAUCAUUAGUUUAUAUUUUAAAAAAUGAAGAAAGCGAAAAGAAA